AUGGCAAGCCCUACUCCUCAAAACAGCCCAAUGCCUCCACCUCAAGCACCAAGCCCGAUGGGACCACCGUCCCAAAGUCCUGCGCCGUCCCCUUCGCCACACAGUCCGUACCAACAACCACCUCCGCCUUCCCAUCCCGGUCAGAAUCAAGGGCCAACCCAUAUGCAAACUCCUGGUCACCAUGUUCCUCCACAACCGGGUCCUGCGCCAGGAUCACAUAUGUCUAUGCAAGUUCCUCCUACACCACACGGUGGUCAACCACCAAAUCCCCAUGGGCCGCCACCACCACAGCAUCCUUCGCAUUUGAAUGGUCCACCACCACCUGGAUCCGUUGGACCUCAUCAUAUGCCUCCAUCAGGCCCUCAGCAUAUGGCACAACAUCCGCCGCAUCCAGGAAUGGGACAUUCAGUUCCACCACAUCCGGGAAUGCCCGGUCAUCAGGGACAAGGUCCACCCUUACCGCCUGGAAUGGUACCGGGGGGAUAUCCUGGACAUACGCUUCCGCCAAAUACGGGACCUCUGCCACCUGUACCUAUGCAAGGAGCAGGAGGGCCUCCACCAGGGCAAACUUUGGCUCCAGGUACGUCCAAUCCUGGAAUGAUGCCGGGCGCACCACCCCCACCACCUGGGCAGGAAAAUUUGAAUGCACUUCAACGGGCAAUUGAUUCAAUGGAGGAAAAAGGUUUGCAAGAGGACCCUCGUUAUUCGCAGUUGUUAGCAUUGCGCGCUAAUUCAAAACAGCAGAAUCUUAAUGCACCCCAACUGCAUCAGCUUCGCGGACAAAUAAUGGCCUACAGAUUGCUGGUGCGUCACCAGCCGAUUAGUAAACAAUUGGCAUCCCAAAUUUUAGCACAGCGUUCUGAUGGCACUCCACCACAAUGUCCAACGCCACCAGCCAGUCCAUAUCCGAAUGUCUCUGGUGGACCAUCGCCACAAUCGGGAUUGCCCCAGCCACCACAACAGCAGCCUCAUUCUCAACAUCAGCAGCAAGGCGCCCAACAGCAGCAAUCGCAAAUGCCUUCCCAAGGUCCUAACCAAUCCGGAGGGUUAGCUGUUGUAAUGCCGCCAGCUCCACCGGGAAAGCAAACAUCCUUAGGACCACCGGAUGCGCUAGGUACUAGUAAGCCACCUGGUGGCUCUGGUGGAAUGCCACCGAAUCAAAGUCCCUUGCCCGGCAUGGCAAUGGGUGGCCCUCCACAAAUUCCACACGGCCAACAUCAUCAACAACAACAAAUACAAUCCCAGACGCAUUCUGCGCAACCACAUGCGCAUCCACAGCAGCAGCAACAGCAAAUUCUUCCUUCUAUUGGCCAACCUGCGCGCCCUAGCUCGCAAGGGCCAGCAGGCGGACCAGGACCCAGAGCCGCUGCUCAAGCACCAACAAUGCAACCGAUACCGAAGCAAAAUCGUGUAACUACCGUUGCCAAACCGGCUGGAUUGGAUCCGUUAACAAUUCUGCAGGAGCGUGAGAAUAGACUGGCCGCACGUAUAGCUCUUCGUUUAGAAGAACUGACCAAUCUGCCCGCCUCAAUGUCCGAGGAUUUGCGUAUAAAAGCUUUGAUUGAAUUAAGGGCUUUGCGAGUUCUAAACUUCCAGCGCCAGCUGCGUAGCGAAAUCGUGCAAUGCACACGCCGUGACACAACUCUUGAAACGGCGGUAAAUGUAAAAGCUUAUAAGCGCACCAAGCGCCAGGGACUACGAGAAGCUCGCGCCACUGAAAAGCUUGAAAAACAGCAGAAACUUGAAGCGGAACGUAAACGUCGUCAGAAACAUCAGGAAUUUUUGGCAUCGGUGUUACAACAUGGCAAAGAUUUCAAAGAUUAUCAUCGGAAUAACAUCGCUAAAUUAGGCCGCCUAAAUAAGGCUGUCAUGAAUUACCAUGCAAAUGCUGAAAGAGAACAAAAGAAAGAGCAAGAGCGUAUAGAGAAGGAACGUAUGCGUCGGUUGAUGGCAGAAGAUGAAGAAGGAUAUCGUAAGCUCAUCGAUCAAAAGAAAGACAAACGUUUAGCUUUCCUGCUCUCCCAGACGGAUGAAUAUAUCAGCAAUCUCACUGAAAUGGUUAAGCAGCAUAAGGUGGACCAGAAGAAGAAACAAGAUGACGAGAUACAGCGUAAGAAGCAGUUAAAGCGGCACAUUCUCGAAAGUGGGGAUAUCGAACAUUUAGAUGAACACUGUGAAGCGUCGGAUUGCCGUGUAACAGUAAUGGAAACGGCAUCCGGUAAAAUAAUCUCUGGCGAUGACGCACCAUUCCUGCGUGAUCUGCACGGCUGGUUGCAACUUCACCCGGGCUGGGAGUAUGUUAUUUCGGACGGCGAUGCCGAUGACGAUGAAGAGGAAUCAUCAGGUGGUAAGAAAAAGACACCCGAAGAAGAAUUAAGUGAUGAUGCCAAAACGAAGGAAGUCAUUCAAAAAGCGAAAGUUGAGGAUGAUGAGUACAAGACCGAGGAGCAAACGUACUACAGCAUUGCACAUACCGUUCACGAGAAAGUUACAGAGCAAGCAUCAAUUUUGGUGAACGGUAAACUAAAGGAAUAUCAAAUAAAAGGCCUUGAAUGGCUGGUAUCUCUAUUCAACAAUAAUCUGAAUGGCAUUCUUGCCGACGAAAUGGGCCUUGGUAAGACCAUACAAACGAUCGCACUCGUGACGUACUUGAUGGAAAAAAAGAAAAACAAUGGACCAUAUUUGGUAAUUGUACCGCUUUCUACGCUCUCGAAUUGGGUACUGGAAUUCGAAAAAUGGGCCCCAGCGGUUGGAGUGGUCGCCUACAAGGGUUCACCGGCUGGCCGUCGGGCUGUUCAAAAUCAGAUGAAAGCUACCAAAUUCAAUGUACUACUGACAACCUACGAGUACGUUAUCAAAGAUAAGGCGGUACUAGCUAAGAUCUCGUGGAAGUACAUGAUUAUUGAUGAAGGUCAUCGAAUGAAGAAUCAUCAUUGUAAACUGACACAGGUGCUCAACACGCAUUAUAAUGCCCCGCAUAGGUUGUUGCUUACGGGCACACCAUUGCAAAAUAAGCUUCCCGAGCUAUGGGCGCUGCUUAACUUCUUGCUACCAUCAAUUUUCAAGUCAUGCUCGACCUUCGAACAAUGGUUCAAUGCACCUUUCGCAACGACGGGCGAAAAAGUGGAGCUAAACGAAGAAGAAACAAUCCUUAUCAUUCGUCGUCUGCACAAAGUUUUGCGACCGUUCUUGUUACGUCGUCUAAAGAAAGAGGUCGAAUCGCAACUACCAGACAAGGUGGAAUAUAUCAUCAAGUGUGACAUGUCCGGCCUGCAGCGUGUGUUGUAUAAGCAUAUGCAGAGCAAGGGAGUCUUGCUUACUGACGGCUCAGAGAAAGGCAACAAGGGUAAAGGAGGUGCAAAGGCUCUGAUGAACACGAUUGUACAAUUGCGAAAACUUUGUAAUCAUCCAUUCAUGUUCCAACACAUCGAAGAAAAAUAUUGUGAUCACAUCGGUGUACAAGGAACAGUAACUGGCCCGGAUCUGUAUCGAGCAUCUGGCAAAUUUGAACUUCUCGAUCGUAUUCUUCCAAAAAUGAAGGCUACCGGACAUAGAGUGUUACUUUUCUGUCAGAUGACUCAGUGCAUGACGAUCAUAGAAGACUAUCUUUCCUGGCGCGGGUUUGGAUACCUGCGAUUGGAUGGUACCACAAAAUCCGAGGAGCGUGGGGAUUUAUUGAAAAAAUUCAACUCGAAAAAUUCUGAUUAUUUUCUUUUCCUCCUCUCAACUCGUGCUGGUGGGCUCGGACUGAAUCUACAAACGGCAGACACAGUGGUGAUAUUCGAUUCCGAUUGGAAUCCCCAUCAGGAUCUGCAGGCUCAGGAUCGGGCUCACCGUAUCGGACAACGAAAUGAGGUACGAGUACUUCGGCUCAUGACGGUCAACUCAGUAGAGGAACGUAUUUUGGCCGCAGCGCGUUACAAGCUAAACAUGGACGAGAAGGUCAUACAGGCUGGCAUGUUCGACCAAAAAUCGACGGGCAGCGAACGGCAGCAGUUCCUGCAGAGCAUACUUCACCAGGACGAGAUGGACGAAGAGGAAGAAAACGAGGUGCCAGAUGACGAGAUGAUCAAUCUCAUGAUUUCACGUACGGACGAUGAGUUGGAACUAUUCAAAAAAAUGGAUGCCGAAAGAAAAGCAGAGGAAGUGAAACCACGGCUCCUGGAUGAAGCCGAACUACCUGAUUGGUUGGUGAAAGAUGAUGAAGAAGUUGAUCGGUGGGAUUACGAGGAAGAAACAUCGAUUUUAGGGCGUGGAUCUCGUCAACGAAAGGAAGUUGACUACACCGAUAGCCUCACGGAAAAGGAAUGGUUAAAAGCUAUAGACGACGGUGCCGAUUUUGAUGAAGAGCUCGAAGAAGAAGAGCGUGAAAAAAAACGAAAGGGUCGCAAACGGAAGGGUCGCGGAAGAGACGAUUCAGAUGAUGAAAGUAUAGUUUCGACGAUGACAAAGCGCAAAAAGGGAAUUACUGAUCCCAAAAUAAGGAAGCAGAUGAAGAAAGUAUUGAAGGCAGUAAUUAAGUACACCGACGCCGACGGUCGUGUCUUAAGUAAACCAUUUCUCAAGUUGCCCUCGAGGCGCGAUUUGCCAGAUUAUUAUGAAGUGAUCAAGAAACCGAUAGACAUAAAGAAAAUUUUGGCCCGCAUAGAAGAGGCAAAGUACGUAGAUUUUGCCGACUUGGAAAAUGAUUUCUUCCUGCUAUGUCAAAAUGCCCAAACAUACAACGAAGAAGCGUCACUUAUCUACGAAGACAGUCUCGAACUUCAAUCGGUGUUCAGCAAUGCUAAAGCAAAGAUAUUAGAUAACCAUGAAGAAGAGGAAUCUAACGAAGAAGAAGAAGAAGAAUCGGACGAAGAAGGUGGCAGUGUAAAGAUGAAACUGAAGAUAUCUAAAGGAACGACUUCAUCCACCUCAACAGCAAAGAAGGCCACUCCAGUUCGAAGAAAACGUGCACAAAAAAAAUAUACUAUCUCUGAUGAUGAUGAUGAUAUUGAUUAAACGCGCAGAAAGCAACAUACGUUUUUUUUGAAUAGCAGAUAAAUUUACUAUCGAUGUACAGCAACGGAAUUCUUACUACAGACAGCGUAUUCUUCCGCCAUGGAGGAAAUAGUAACGUUUAGUACAGGACAUUAAAAAUGUAACAGAUACACAUCCUUGGUAGAAUAUUCAUCCGCAAAGGAACACUAGCAUUUAACAAUAUAUUGUUUUGCGUGCUAAACGGACCUCACACUGCUGCACGACAAACAACGUAGCUCGUUCAACCCUUGACAGAGAGCUUCGUUCUUUGCUUCGAAUUGACAAUUCCGUAUACUUCGUAUUUUGUUUAACCAAGUGCGUGUAUUUGUGUUUCUAUACUUCUGUUGGGAUGCUUAAACGUCUAGUGAGUAAAAGCACUCAUCGACAAUGCUGCCGCAUUAUUAUUACUAUUGUAGACCCACAUUUGCUGAUCGGCAUUAGAUUCAAUUAAGUGUAAUAUAAUAAUACAUCGUAGAAAUAAACUAAUUCGUUGUUUUAAUUUAAAUACAUAAAUCCGAUAUAAAAUACAUGUAUUGAUUGAAUAAAAAAGGAGCAACGAUAUCGUAAUAAAAGCAGAAAAGAUUUUGCGUAAUCUUAGGUAUAUAAAGCUGCAAGCUGUUAUCAAUGAACAAAAUUAUAUCAAUCUUCAAUUA